AUGGCGGUUACCCAUGAUAGGCGCACCGCGGGGCUUGAGCAGACUUUUCAAGGUAUCGAGCUUGUGCGCGUUGGAGCCCGAAAAGUGGAAUUUUGUGUCGUUGGAGAGCUGGUGCUGCAUUUUGGCGAGCAGAUUGCGCUGCAGCUUGGUGUCGAAAGGGUUGAUCAGCACGUCUGCAGUUGCCAGAGUGCUGUGGACGGGCUCCUCCACGAACGGCGAGCUCAUCAUGCCGGUAUCUUCGGUGACAAGUUUCUGCGGUGGAACCGCGCGUCUUUGUCGUUGAACACCUCAAACGAGGUCUUGUUGGCCAAUGGCACCUUCUGUUGGAUCAAUUUCUCGCCAGACCAAGACGUUGGACGUAUAACGUUCUCCUUCUUGGAAUUACCUAUCGUGUCGAGAUGGGACCAAAUACCGGCAGAAGCUAACGAACUUCCAGCCUCUGCAUCAUUGAAAACGGCAAACGACUUGGAAGAUGGUCUCGAGGAGGCCGUGCGCGUCGUUCCCAGCCCCCCACCAGACGGAUUGUUCAGAGCUCCCAGACCUUGGCGUUUCUGUGGUCCUGCUGCCGACUGCUGUUUGCGGAUCUUGAAGUUCUCAAACGAACGCGUCAAUCUCCCCAUCGGCCGGGCCUGCGAGUCGAGUCCCAUCUGGUACAAUUCCUCGGCUUUCUUAAAAUCUCCCUCCAGCUCCAUAAAAUUGGCAUAA